UAACUUCUUGUAACUCGACCCGGCUGCUCCGUCAGGGGGCGGAGCCUGCUGGGUCGGUAACGGACAGAGGCAGCGGAGGCAGCAGUCAGGGACGGUCGUCCUCGCUCGGCUUCACUUUGUGUCCAGCGGCUUUUUUUUUUCAAAUGGCAACGACCGCGGACGACCAGCGGGAAGCGGCGGACAUCGCCUCUCUACCGACGCACCCUGGCUGCCACCAUCACAACAGCAACAACAAUAACAACAACAACAAUAACAACAAAGACAGCGAGGCGGGAGACAGCGCGACCUCCGCCACGGCCACCGCCACCGAAACCAGCGGGACGGCGCCGCAGAGCAUCGGCAACGGCUCGGUCAUCAACCCCAACGGCGGGAACAACGGGAAGUGGGUCCGGCUGAACGUCGGCGGCACGGUGUUCCUCACGACGCGGCAGACCCUCCUCAAGGAGCAAACUUCGUUCCUGUACCGGCUGUGCCAGCAGCAGGACCUGCACUCAGACACGGAUGAAACAGGAGCCUACGUGAUUGACAGAGACCCCACCUACUUCGGCCCCAUCCUUAACUACUUGCGGCACGGCAAACUGGUCUACAACAAGGAGCUCGCUGAAGAAGGUGUCCUGGAGGAGGCUGAGUUUUACAAUAUCACACCACUGAUCAAGCUCAUUAAGGAGAGGAUCGUAGAGAGGGACUCCAAAGCCACACAGCAGGUGCCCCCGAAGCAUGUUUACCGGGUGUUGCAGUGUCAGGAGGAGGAGCUGACCCAGAUGGUCUCCACGAUGUCGGACGGCUGGAAGUUUGAGCAGGUCAGCGUGCGCGCCUGCAGAAAGCCCCGCACCGGACUGCUCUGGACUAUGGUGAACAUCGGCUCGUCGUACAGCUAUGGAACAGAGGACCAGGCUGAAUUUCUCUGUGUGGUAUCCAAGGAGCUUCACACGCCCGGAUCCGGGCUGGGUACAGAACAGAGUCACAAGACAAAGCCGGCAGAGAUGCAAGAGGAGGAAGCAGCGAAGGAUGAGGAGGAGGAGGAGGGAGGGAGAGAUACCACACCAAAUGAGUGGCUUAGAGAAUGAGGGAGUCAUGUUUCUUUGUUCCAAAGAGAGGCUGGAAUGGCUUUUCCAGAUCCACGGGUCCCGGAUGUAGAAAUGGCAAGAAUUGAUUUUUUUUCGAGGCUUGUGACAUUCUGUACAUCUGUGUGUCGCGUCAAUGAGCCGUCAUCAGAAUUUGUAGCAUCGUUACCACGUCAUUGACUAAAUGCCAGUUAGCAUUACCAGAUGACCAAAAACACCUAAAUAUCAGUCAGUUGCAGCAAUAUCGUCAAGAACAUAUGUCAGUGAAGCUAGCACUACACUGCAUGCACAAAUUAUUAGGAAGACUGUAUUCAUCUAGGUUCAUUUUACUGUUUCAGUAAGAUGUUGUUUAGAAUAAUCCAAAAUGUUACUGAACCUGAAACUUGAAUGUUUCUCAAAGGACAACUGAGUUUUGCCUUUCUCAGGGGAUUAUAUGGUGUAGUAUAGUGUGCACAAUUAUUACACAGAAAAGUACAAAAACUUCAUCCCAACUGAUUUAUUUGUUUUAGGUUUUUAGAGUGCAAAUAUGUAACACAAAUGAUAGAUUAACUAAUAUUCCAAAACUGCCACGAGCCUUCACUCAAUGAAAUCUUUCCGUAUUUUCAUCUGUUAGCCAUCAACUUUUAAUGAAGCAGCAACCACAGCCUCUCAGUUGCUCUUCACAUAGGUCAGUUGUCUUCCCUCACUGUAGAUUUCACACUUGAGAAGUGCAAGUUCUUAGUAGGACUGAAGUUAAGUGAGCAAAGGAGGCCAGAUCACUAUUCAGUCAUUUUUGAGGAUAGCAGUAGAUGGAGGCUUGUGAUGAAGCAUUGUCCUGCAUAAACAUCAUCUUAAAUGUUCUCGUUUUUUAAUCGUAGCAACUGGACUUGCUUGAGUUAGCAAAAAAAGAUCCUAACGAACCCCAUUGUAGUGGAGGGAGUCCUAACGACUCGCAUAAUGAGGGGGAGGAGCAACAAACCCCCAGUUGAAACUGAAAGUGUUCAUGGCUCCAAAAGAAUAUCCAGAAGUAUCUGGAACUCCCAACUCGUCAGUCAGAGCCGAUGAAGCCUCUUGGAUGAGAGGUGAAACAUCUUCAAAGAACUCAAGCAAGUCCAGUUGCUACGAUUAAACUACGAGAAUAACCAUGACCUGGAUGACUGAGACUCUUCACAGACGUCAUCUUAAAUGCUGCUGACCUCUUCCUGGAUCACUGCUGGAUAAUUAGUAUCCUCUAGAAACUGAAAAUAAUUUGGGGAGUUGAUUUUCAGUCCAUCUUCAACUCAAAAAUGUCCCACUAGCUCCCCCUUAAUAAGACUAGUUUAUACUGUACCUGCACCACACCUCCACCUUCCUGGUGCCUGACUCAGAGCGGAGCCAUUAGUGAUGCAGCCACAGGUCCAUCUAUCUGCUCCAUCACUCAUUUCAUCUGCCCCUAAAACCUUUGAAAAAUCUAUUGGCUAAUUCUUGGAAUCAUGAGUCCUCAACUUAAAAAGUUAUUCAGUGGUGUCACAUUUCAGCUUUCUUGUCCUCAUCCCAGGCACCAGAGAAUAAUGGCCUCUAGGUAGCUUCAGUUUUUCUCAAGACUUUGUCAGUUAAUUUGCUCAUUUUCUUCUCUGCGUGUUCUUAACCAAUUUUCACAACAAAAUGUUUGCUUGUCAGGUGGUCACACCUCAAUAGUUCAGCUCUUUGAAGAGUUUACAAUUUUAGAUUUUUGAGUGUCAGUUAAAAGUUUUCUGGAUCCAUUUUACCCGAGCUAAUGAAGCUGCCUAAUAAUUAUGCACACUUUAAUAUGAGGUGUUAAUCACCUUAGGCCACAACCUCAACACAUAUCACCUUAAAAUGAUUCAAUCCAAUAAUCUCUCCAGUUUAUUUGGUUUGGGGCUGUAAAAUGUGUUUAGAAAUACUGAUAAACUCUCUUGCCUAAUAUCUGUGCAUGCAGUGUAUUAGCAGGAAUAAUCACGUGUUGGUGUGUGCAAACGUUACAUUGCCAAGGGCAGUAGUGGAGCUUAGUAAACCAUGACCAAAGAUCCAUAUUAAAGCUGACUGAACCAAGGUGCUGAACUUUAACUUGGCAGAAAAUAUUCUGAUCUGCCGGACUGACCUUGUGUUGGUUACCCAACAAGGAGCUGUCGCUGUGUCUCUGUGAUUCGACAGAUGGGCGGAAGGAUUGUGUUGCAUCUGCGUCGUGCAGCAUUUGGGUCAUUACAUUUCCUAAUGUGGCAUUAAUCAGUUACCUUGUGUCCUCCCAGUGAUGGAUGAAACUGUUCCCUAAUAGACUGUACACCUGCUGUUCAAUCUUUGAUUUUGCACUUGCGAAGGAAGUUUGCUUUUGAAAAGCAACCACAGUGAUCCCACUAGCUGUUCACUGAUUUAAACGUGUUGCUGUCAGUGUGAACAUGGGUCAGUGAUGGUUUGAGCAGAUCUGAUGCAUAGAACUGUGUUAAACUGCCCAUUCAAGCCUUAUCAAGAGAUGGCUUCACACGUGAGUCAGGGCAGUUUCGGUUCUGAGCUGCACUGUGUGUCUUGAGCUCAGUAUACUUGCUUCCAGGUUUAUUUAAUUCUUGCUCCCAGUGAUUUGAUUCCACUGUAUUAAGGUUUGGUUGACUUUAAAUUGAUGAAAAUUGUGCAAAUGAGCAAAAGCAUUUAUUUGUGGGGGGUCACACGUGUAUGUUGGUCCUUACAAAGGUGAGCAAAAGAAGUUACCGUCCAAAGCAGGAGCAGCCAGCACACAAACUACACUGACAAAGACACACAAUGCUCUACAUUAUCCCCCUCACUGAAACCCUGUUGUUCGCUGAUCCACACCUGCAUCACCUUGUGCUGGUGCACGCUCAGCAGCAGCAGCGUCGCCUCGGUCUGUCUCCAUGGCUGGGAUCCAGAGCCUGCUUUGGCCUCAGCUGACAGAGAAGCGUUUAGUGUAAAACAGGAAAGGCUUAAAAAGGAGGAGGAGGGAGAGGCAGGGAGAUCAAAAAGGAGAAAGCAGGAGAGUCUUUCAGUUUGGUAGCAGCGACUUCCACAGCGUCCUCUAUCUCUGUUUUUGAUAAAAUACAGAGCAGCUCUCGCUGUAAGCUCACAGUGGACAGAUUUGCCGCAGUGCAGGUGUGUGACUGAAAAGAAUUUAAGAAGCACCGAGUUGGUUAGCACAUGACUUCUAACAACCUCUGUUGGUAACGUGUUAGAAUUGCAGCACAGAUCAAAGUUGGAAUCCCUGCACAAGCAUGUGGCACAUUAAGUGAGUAACAAAAGACUUAAUUUACUGGAUGUCAUUCAGCAAAUACAACCUCUCACAAGGUUUUGACAGCACGUUUAGAGUGUGGCAGAACUCUGGAGGUGGACUUGUUGAAUGCAUUUGUCAAAAAUAACUGGGAGUUCACUUUGAUUUAUCAGCAGGUAAUGAAAUACGUACACAGGCAUUUAGAGGGAAUCAUUCCAUCAAGUUGUAGCUUAUCAGAAAACAGGAAAUACUUUGUAGAGACAUGGAAAUAUUUUUGCUUUUCUUGGAGGCACAAAAGGCUCCAGCAGCAGAGGAAAGGUCACUGGGGUCUGCUUCAGCUACAGAUUGGUCAACAUUUGGUAGGAUUGUUGGAAGUUUUUUUUUUGUCUUUAACCUGCACUAAGCCUAGAAACAACAGUUCUUUGACUCUGCCUGCUGAGGUCAACUCAACCCUGAGAGACUAUUUCUGCCUCCGAGACGUUAAGCGUCGCCUGUCGGCAGCUCGCAUCCGACCUCCUGCCGUUUAGCUCCUGUGUAACCGACCAACCAGUGAGGAAACACACGUACACUCGAGGCCGUUUCAUCCAGGCAAUAAGCAGCUGGGUUAAUAAUUUGAGACAAUCGAGAAUUAUGGUUGCCGACUUUUUUUACGUUUUGAUAAUUAAAUCUGAAAAAAACAAUAGGCUGCAAAAUACAAUAUUGUGUGUAUGUGUGGGUGUCUAGGUUAGUUUCUUGUCCAGUUAUAGCGUUAAAUAGAAACAUCCUGGACCGCAUUGGCAGGAUGAGCAGUAAAUGAUAGAGUAGUUGAACUAGAGUUACUCAACAUGCAUAUGAUAAUCAGAACAGUGAUAUUAGCAGAAAGACCGAAAGAGACGCAUUUACUGUUUUUCGUUCCUUUUUUCCGUGGCUCUUCUUACUUGGAUCAUUCAGUGCCUUGAGUUCAAGCAGCAAAACUGACACGUCAGAAAGACCCAACGUGUCAAAAAUGAUCAUAGGUGUUGUUAUUACAUGCAUUUUUAAGAAAAGAUAAAUAAAUGUUUUAGUAUUUUAGUCGAAGAACGGAUAGUUUACAGUCGAGAGUUUCUUCCGGUGCAUUUGCUCUGAGAAGGUGUUUGAGUAGAUGUAAAGAGAGUAAAUGUGCACAACAAGCAGCUGCAUGUCUGAGGUGAAGCUGUCUGUGGAAGGUUUAAGCUGUUUUGUAUAAAAUGAAACACAUUUUUUUUUUAUUUUUUGUAAGUUCUGUUGUCUAAUUUAUUCUCUGAUUUUGACUGUUGCGCUGUAAGAAUUUGUUCAGUUUUUCUCUUUUUUUUUUUUUUUUUAGUUGGGGAAGGUGGAUUUUGCUUUUUUCUACUUGAACACUAGCUUUUACGUUUGAUCUUAAACAGUAUAUAAGUAUAAACACCAGCUUUACCGAUUAUGCUAGUUUUUAGUCAUCGUUCCCAAACUGUAAAUGCUGUUACACAGGCGUUACCCUGAGAGUAGAGGUUUUGAGUUCUCCUCUGAAAUAUGUAAACUUCCAUUUGCAUGUCCAAGUUGUUUGGUUUGCUGGAUCCACACUUUUUAAAAAAGAAACUAAUUUGUACACUACUUGUUGAAUGGUUUCUGCUGUACGGUAGAGAGUGUUUUCACAUAGUAUUUGAUGUGUAAAAGUCUACAUAGCAGUGCUCUCUCAUUAUUCUGUGCAAAAAAAAAAAAAAAACAUCUGUCAGACAAAUACAGAUAGAAAAUAUUUCUCUCUGAUGCUGGAGUUUCUCUCAUCUGCUGUUUAUAGAGCCUCGGUGUACUCUGUCUGUAAACACACAACAAAACAACAUGACACAUUGAAUUGUAACGCCUCAGACGAACCUGUACAGGCUUCAACAAACGCUGUGUGUAUUUCAUCAGGACUUGAGCAACAUACAACAUCUUCAACAAAGUGACAGGGAGUGAAUUCUCUUUUUUUAAUUUACUGUAAAUGAAUGUCACGAUUGUCAACAAAAAAUAAAACUUUGUCCUUUGUUUUAA